CGCUGCCCUUCGCCCCGGGGCGGGGCUGCCCGGUGGCCGUAGUCCGGGAGGGGCCGGCCCGGUCCGGUCCGGUCCGGCGGUACCGGCGGUUCCUGCAGCGGCGGCGGGGCGGGGAUGGCCCAACCGGUGCCACCACCCCGGCGGGACCGAGCCCGGUGCCGGUCGCGGCACAGCUACGAGGGCUUCGUGGAGAAACGGGGGCCGCGGGACCAGGGCUACCGGAGGGUCUGGGCCGGGCUGCGGGGGCUCACGCUCGCCUUCUACGGGGGACCCCGGGACUGCGAGCCCCUGGAGAUGCUGGACCUGGGCGAGCUGGUGGCCGUGCGGGCCGAGGGUGGGGGGCUCGUCCUCAGGCUGAGGGGACAGGAGGUGACAAUGAAGGCGGAGAGCUGGGAGGCGCAGGAGAUGUGGCGGGGAUUCAUCCUGACCAUGGCGGAGAUGAAGGUGCCCACCGACCUGGCGCUGCUGCCCGGCCACCUCUUCCAGCUCUCGGAGGCCCUGCGUGAGGAGCGGGACCGCAGGGCCACCCCCGGGUCCCCCGUCACCCCCGGGUCCCCCGCCACCCCCAGCCCCCCCGAGCCACCCCUGUCCCUGGUGCCCAGCUGCUUUUUUGAGGUGACUCGCCCGGAGGCCGAGCGGCUGCUGGAGCGGAGCGCGGAUGGGGGGAACAUGGUGCUGCGCCCCGGGGGGCACGGCCGGGGUGUCUCCGUCACCACGCGCCAGGAGGUGAACGGCACGGUGCAGGUGAAGCACUACAAGGUGAACCGCGUGGACCAGGGCUACGUCGUCGACGUGGACACGCCGCAUCGCUGCUCCUCGCUGGCCGAAGUGGUGCAGUAUUUCGUGGAGAGCAGCAAGGGCAGCCUGCAGCCCCUGCACCGGGAGUACAGCCCGCGGCUCGGUGAGCGAGACCCCCAGAGCUCAGCACCCCAUCCUGCCCCCCGCCGAGCCCUGCAGCCACCCCACAACCAUGGCAUGGCAGAGGAGCUUGCCAAGAAGCUGCAGCUGCGCCGAGCUCUCACCGGGGACUGAUGGGUGCCAGCGUGGCGGGGGGGGGGCAGCCCGGCUGUCCCCCAGUUUGUGCCAGGAACCAGCUGGGACAGCGGUGCCCCCCCCCUUCCCUGGGCAAAGCUGCCCCUAGUCCCCUCUGGCCCAGGCACCCCCCCCAGGACUGGGGUGGCACUGGGGGGGGGGAUGCAGGCAGCACAGCCUGGGUGGGGGCAGCAAUGGACCCCCAACCCAUAUAUUUGGGGAGCAUCACCCCAGGCACCAUCCCCAAUAAAGACACUGCCCCACUCAGCCCCGUCCCAGCUCCUUGCACCACGGGGGUGGCACCGGGACCUGUGUUGUCCC